UUCAACAAUACUGGAUGCUUCAACUUACUAUGCAUGGGAUUUGUUCUUACAACGCAUGUAAAUUACGUUGGUGGACGUAUCACGGAUUCAUCUACCUAUGAGGGAGACAUAUUUAAAAUGACAUUAUCUAUUACUCAGGAUCUUGAAACAAAAAAUUGGUGGCUAAAUAUGCAAGAUGAAAUGCUUGGUUAUUUUCCAGCAUCAUUAUUCUCCGACUUGAACUAUGCCGGUGAAGUAGGAUGGGGUGGCAGAACAUCAACUUCUCUUAGCAGUCCUAGUCCUCCAAUGGGUUCUGGAGUGUUUCCUGAUAACGUAUAUAAUCAUGCAAGUUAUUUUACACAUGUUUCAUUUCAAAUUAACUCUACAGAAAGGCUUGAGCCUGAAACUUAUACGGUAAAAACAUUCAAUGACAAACCUGAUUGUUUUUUUGCUGAAUACUAUGGAUUUCUAGAUGAAGAGUUUAGAUAUUCUCUUCAAUUUGGAGGACCGGGGGGCAAUUGUGGUGAUUAAUUCAU